AACACCAACAACCAGUAGCUGGCCGGUGCAAGUUUCCUGCAGCCAAGUACAUAUAUAUACAACUAAUUAGGGGAUUGGACGACGACAUGGCCGGCAGCGGCAGGGAAAGGGAGACGCUGGUGGUUGGUAGGGUGGUGGGCGACGUGCUGGACCCCUUCGUCCGGACCACCAACCUCAGGGUCAGCUACGGCACCAGGACCGUAUCCAACGGCUGCGAGCUCAAGCCGUCCAUGGUGGUGAACCAGCCCAGGGUCGAGGUCGGGGGACCCGACAUGAGGACCUUCUACACCCUCGUGAUGGUCGACCCGGAUGCUCCGAGCCCAAGCGACCCAAAUCUUAGGGAGUAUCUGCACUGGCUUGUCACGGAUAUUCCAGGAACCACUGGGGCAGCAUUUGGGCAAGAGGUGAUCUGCUACGAGAGCCCUCGGCCGACCAUGGGGAUCCACCGCUUCGUGCUGGUGCUGUUCCAGCAGCUGGGGCGUCAGACGGUGUACGCCCCGGGGUGGCGCCAGAACUUCAACACCAGGGACUUCGCCGAGCUCUACAACCUGGGCCCUCCCGUCGCCGCCGUCUACUUCAACUGCCAGCGUGAGGCCGGAUCUGGGGGAAGGAGGAUGUACUCAUGAAUCACACAUGCCACUAACGUACUCGAUCCAUGAGACAUGCAUGCAUAUAUGAGAGCAACAUAUACAUCCAUCCCAGUGACAGAAAAUAAGCACACACUGCUACUACUAGCUAUAUAUAUACUUGCUUGCUACUGCUAGCAGCACUGGCCAGGCAGCAUGCAUAUAUAUGCGCUAUACUUGCUUGGCAAUACUACAUAUCAUAUGCAGGCAUAUGUAUAUUGCUAGCCGUAUUGUAUGCUUCUAUAUAGGCGUCACUUAUGUGUGUGUAUAUAUAUACAUAUGAUAUGUAGGUGCACAAGCAUGCAUAAAUGUGUAUGUAUCAUAUGUUGGAUAUUUAGUCAUUUUACACCA